AUGUUUACAUUGCAGGUGCUGAUACGGAGGAGUCUGUUCUCGUGUCGUGUUUACAUUUUUAGUGACCAACAGGACCCCGAGAAGGUGCCCUCACAUAAGGAGCGCAAGUUCAUUAUCUUUGAGGACUGCCUCUUGGAGCGCUUCCGGGUGUGCCGCAAGUGCUUUGCCCCUUGCCGCAACACCACUGCAGUCAGCGGCACUCUACUAACGAUAACAAGCACCUGUACCAACGAGCACAAAGAAACAUGGAGGAGCCAGCCAAAGGUGGGUAACAAAGCAGCAGGCAAUCCAUUGAUUUGUGCGGCCAUUCUCUUUUCAGGCGCCGAUGUUGCCACUACCUUGAGGUUGCUGAGGUCCAUCAACAUCUCAACCAUCUUGGACCGCCUCUAUUACUACUACCAGGAGGGUUACCUGCUGUCUGCCGUGAAACUGGUCAUGUACGAGCGACGCAACACCGAGCUCCUGGAAGGACUACGAGGCAAGGCCAUCGACCUGGCUUGUGACGGGCGCUGUGACUCGCCAGGGUUCUCAGCGAAGUACUGUACUUACACCUUUCACGAGGCGACCACCAAAAAAAUCAUCCACAUGGAGCAGGUACAGGUUGGUGAGGUAAGAUUUACUAAUGAAGGCAAAGGAGGUUACUAUAUACUGAUAUGCCCCUUAUUUACAAUCACUUGCCUUUGA